GCAGCCAAGAUGAGGAACUCCUGCAUGUUCCUGGCAUCUUCUCUGGCCACUGUCAUUUUUCUUCUACGAAUUCCUGAAGGUGACUGUGAGAGAAUCAUUGGAGGAGAUACAGUAGCUCCUCAUUCAAGACCCUAUAUGGUCCUACUUAAAGAUGGAGAUGACAUCUGUUCUGGUGCUUUGAUUGCAAAUAACUGGGUCCUGACUGCAGCCCAUUGUGUCACAAACAAAAAGUCUCAGAUUAUUCUUGGGGCUCACUCACUACUGAAGAAUGAGUCCGAAAAGCAGAUACUAUCCAUUAAGAAGGUGUUUUCCUAUCCGUGCUUUGAUCCAGAAACACAUGAGGGUGAUCUUAAACUUUUACAGCUAAAAAAAAAAGCCACCAUUAACAAAAAUGUGGCUAUCCUUCAUCUACCAAAAAACGGGGAUGAUGUGAAACCAGGAACUGGAUGUCAAGUUGCAGGUUGGGGGAAUACUCAGAAUAAACGAAGUCCCUCUGAUGUACUGAGAGAAGUCAACAUCACUGUCAUAGACAGGAAAAUCUGCAAUGACGAAAAGCACUAUAAUUUUAAUCCUGUAAUUGGACUAAAUAUGAUUUGUGCAGGAAGCCUCCGUGGUGAAAAAGACUCAUGUGAUGGAGAUUCUGGAAGCCCUCUGCUGUGUGACGGUGUCUUCCGAGGCAUCACAGCCUUUGGCCUUUCAGGGAAGUGUGCAGACCCCCGAGGGCCUGGCAUCUACACACUUCUCUCAAAGAAGCAUCUCAGAUGGAUAAUUCUGACUAUGAGGGGCACUAAUUAAAUAACUGUAUUUCAUUUCAUUUGCUGUCUCUUCUUCAUCUAAUCACAAAUAAAAUCAUCUUGUUUCUGCA